UAACCACAUAAACACAUACACACUUCUAAAUAAAUUACCUAUCAAAUAAUCCCAAUGGCAGCAUCCAUGACCAUGACCACCUCCUUCUUUGGUGGUGCCGUCGCCACCAAGCCCGUCACAGCCACCACCCCUCACAGCCAGCUGGCGGUGAGGGCCUCGAUGGACUUGGAGAAGGCGGUGGCGGCAGAGACCACCAACACGAGGCGGGGCCUCGUGUUGGCUGGCAUGGCCGCAGUAGCAGCAUCGUCCGUCACAAAAGCCGCUAUGGCCGCCGACCUGCAGAAAGGCGGCGGGUGGACGCCGGCCAAGGAUCCAAGCGCACCGGAGUAUUUUCAACUGGCGACAUUCGCGGUGUCAGAAGCAAACAAACGGAUUAAUGAGGCCUUGACUCUGGAGUCUGUGUCAAGGGCUGAGACGCAAGUGGUGGCUGGUGUGAAUUACAGGCUGAUUCUCUCCGCGAGGGAUCAACGCCCCGUCACCAACAACUACGAGGCCAUUGUUUUCUCUCAGGCCGCGCCGACAUCCCUUCAGCUCACUUCCUUCAACCCACUUCUUAAGUAGAUUUCCCUCAUAAGGUGCCGGCAGAGUCCUAAAAUGCAACAGAAUGCUCAAGUUUAUCAAUAUUAAGAGUGUGAAAAAACUAUCUCCAGUGUUUAGCACUUCAACCCACUUCUUAAAUGAGGCCUUUUAUUGUAAUACAAUUAUUCCCACAAUAUAAUCAAUAAAUGAUAUUCCCCUCUUUUCUCUCA